AUGGAGGUGCCACUUGUUAAUUUUGAAAACAUGGAUGAUGUUGGCAUCAACCUGGGUGACCCAAGCGAUUCUGGGUACCCUACCUCACCAACUUCAGAGGCACCUGAUCAGAACCUGUUAGCCCACCGGCUGGCUUCUCCUCACCAGUCACCGCGCAGAGGACGGCGCAGGCGCCACUCUGGUCAGGAUGGGCUGUCACCGUCCACUCCUCCAACACUAACCUCUAAAGCAAACUCCAGCAGUGCCAGCCUGAUCUCAAAUCUGAAGCUCCUGAUCAACAGUGAGUCUCCAACGGACAGUGUCUUCAGUAAGAUACAGAAGGAUUAUUACGAAAAUGAAGAUCUGUUUGAAAAGCACUGUCUGGAAGACAAAGAUGAGAAAGUUGUUAUCAAUAUUUCAGGACUGAUGUUUGAAACCCAACUCAGCACCCUGAGUAAAUUUCCAGAGACACUUCUGGGCAACCCUAUGAAGAGGAUAAAUUACUUUGACCCAAUGAGAAAUGAGUACUUCUUUGACAGAAAUCGGCCAUCUUUUGAUGGUAUUCUCUACUACUAUCAGUCAGGGGGAAAACUCCGCAGACCAGCCAAUGUUCCCUUAGAUGUUUAUGCUAAUGAAAUUGUUUUCUAUGAGCUGGGUCAUGAGGCAAUGGAGCAGUUCCGUGAAGAUGAAGGGUUUAUCAAAGAACCUGAGGUCCUUUUGCCCACCAAUGAACUGCAGAGACAGUUCUGGCUCCUGUUUGAAUACCCAGAGAGCUCCAGUGCAGCCAAAUCUGUAGCUCUGGUCUCUGUGCUCGUCAUCGUCAUUUCUAUCUUCAUCUUUUGCCUGGAAACACUUCCAGAGUUCAGGGAGGACAGUGACUUUCCUCCAGGUUUCACCAAAAUGAUCAAUGGCACCCAAGACAGUUCUGUCUCUCGUCCUGCUCCUAAAACCAUCAUGACAUACCUCACAGACCCAUUUUUCAUUGUGGAGACUAUUUGCAUCAUUUGGUUCUGCUUUGAGGUCUGUGUUCGUUUUGUGGUGUGCCCCAGCAAAAGUGAUUUCUUCAAUAACAUCAUGAACGUCAUUGACAUAGUGUCUAUAAUUCCCUACUUUGUAACCCUGGGGACUGAGCUGGCCACGACACCAGAUGAAGAUAUGAACUCAGGUCAAAACAUGUCCUUAGCAAUACUCAGAAUCAUCCGACUGGUGAGAGUUUUCAGAAUUUUUAAGCUCUCCCGACACUCGAAGGGUCUUCAAAUUUUGGGUCAGACCUUAAAAGCCAGCAUGAGGGAACUGGGGCUGCUAAUCUUCUUCCUUUUCAUAGGAGUCAUCCUUUUCUCAAGUGCCAUCUACUUUGCAGAAGUGGAUGAGCCCCAGACACAGUUCGUUAGCAUUCCUGAUGGCUUCUGGUGGGCUGUGGUGACGAUGACCACCGUGGGUUACGGAGACAUGUGCCCCAUCACCAUGGGAGGCAAAAUGGUCGGCACUCUUUGUGCCAUUGCUGGUGUCUUGACCAUUGCCUUGCCUGUCCCUGUCAUCGUUUCCAACUUUAACUAUUUUUACCAUCGCGAGACUGAGCAGGAGGAGAAACAGGUGAUGGAAGCAGCAGCGGAAGCUGCUCAGAAAAUGUCAGCUGCUAACAAGUGUGGAAGCACCCUUUCAUUGAACAAAGGUAAUGGAACUUGGCAGAACGAGAAAAACAACAUGUACUGA